AUGUCGGAGAGCGAAUACCGAAGCUCGAUUUCGGUGCGACCAACAUUCAAUAGAACUCUGCAUUCGCAGUCAACCGCCACCUAUGGAAGUACUAUUUCUUCCGGAACUAGCCGUACUCUCAAGAUCACUGAAAUUGGUGGCUCAACUUUGACAUCUGGAAUGUCACCAUUCGGUGGUCAUGCUGCUUCGGCUAUCCGUGAGUCUCGUACUCGCGAGAAAAAAGAAAUGAGCGAACUGAACGAUCGUUUGGCUAGCUAUAUCGAGAAAGUCCGCUUCUUGGAAGCCCAAAACCGCAAGAUGGAAAAAGACUUGGAUCUCCUCCGUGGAAAGUGGGGACACGACUCCACCAGUGUCAAAGUCAUGUUUGAAACUGAGCUUCGGACCGCCAAGGAACUGAUUGCCGACUCUGACAAGGAAAGAGCCCAGUUGGAAGAUCAGAUCCGUAAGCUCACUGAAGAACUGAACAACUAUAGAAACAAGAUGCACGAGGCGGAGAGAGGAGCUGAUGUUACACGCAAAGAGUUGGACAACGUUCUUGGAAAACUUGGAGCCUUGGAAGCCGAGAUUGAGUUGCUGAAGAGAAGAAUCUCAUUGAUGGAAGAUACCAUUGCGUACUUGAAAAGAGAGAAUCACAAAAUGAUGGAUAACCUCCAUCAUUCAAGAAAUGCCGUUGAACAAGAGACUUUGAACCGUAUCGACUACCAAAACCAAGUGCAAACUCUUCUUGAAGAGUGCGAUUUCAUCAAACGCAUUCAUGAUUCUGAAAUCCACGACCUUCUUGCCAUGGCUUCUCGUGACACCACUGUUGAAAACCGCGAAUACUUCAAGAACGAAUUGUCUUCCGCCAUUCGUGACAUCAGAAGCGAAUAUGAUCAUGUAAACAAUACCCACCGUACUGACAUCGAGUCGUGGUACAAACUCAAGGUCCAGGAGAUUCAUACUCAAGCAUCACGUAAUAGCUUGGAGCAGAAUUAUGCUCGCGAAGAAGUCAAGAGACUUCGCACCACACUUGGAGACAUGCGUGGCAAGAUGGCAGAUUUGGAAGGAAGAGUUAGUUCUCACAAAAAUUUACAAAAUCAAAUAAAAAACGGCCAAUUUCAGAAUCUACUCCUGGAGAAACAAGUUGAAGACCUCAACUACCAAAUGGAAGAGGAUAUGAGAACUUAUGAGCAAUCGCUGAAUGAUAAGGACUCGUCGAUCAACAAACUCCGUGAUGAGAGCAAGAUUCUGAUGGUUGAACUUCAAAUGUUGAUUGAUACCAAACAGACCCUGGAUGCUGAAAUUGUGAUCUACCGUAAGAUGCUAGACGGAGAAGAGAAUCGUGCAGGUCUCCGACAAUUAGUUGAACAAGUCGUCAAAACUACAUCUAUCCACCAAACUAAAGAAAUUGAGAGCCUUCGAGUACUCAAAGGAGAAACUACCAGCCACUCUUCGUAUUCCAGAUCUGCCAAAGGAAAUGUGUCUAUUCAGAAUUUCAAUUUUCAGGAGGUUGAACCAACUGGAAAGUUUAUCAUUCUGGAGAACAUUGCCAGACGCGACGAGAACAUUGGUGACUGGAAAUUGCGUCGCAAGAUAGCUGGAAAGCGUGAAAUCGUCUACACCUUCCCUCGCGAAUUCGUUCUACGUGCUCAGAAGAAUGUGAAGAUUUUUGCUCGCGGUCAAGGAAUCCACUCGCCACCAGAUAGUCUUGUGUUUGACCUCGAAGACUCGUUUGGUACCGGAAACGACGUCGUGACUACUCUUUAUAACAAAGAGGGAGAGGAACGCGCUUCUCACAGUCAACGCGCAUCACACAAUUGA